AUGAAGAUUCUUCUGUUUUUAGCCUUAAUUGUGAAGAUAAUGGCUGAGGCAAAAGAUGGAGACUGUGAUGUGAUCCCGAUAACUCAAUGGGGAGAUUCACCUCUCAAAAGGGAGGAGCCUCUUCCGAAUCCAGUAAAAAUUGUGAUCAUCCAACACACUGUGGUACCGGAGUGUAAUAAUGACGAAGAGUGCGAGAAAGCAGCUAACGGAAUCAGGAACUACCACAUUAACAAACGUGGAUUCACAGAUAUAGGACAAUCGUUCCUAAUUGGUGGAAAUGGAAGAGUUUAUGAAGGAGCUGGCUGGCAUCACGUUGGGGCUCAUACUUUGGGCUAUAACCGAAGAUCUGUAGGCAUCUCCUUCAUAGGCGAUUUUAGAACAAAAUUACCAUCACCACAAGCUCUGAAAGCCUUCAACAGUCUCCUGGAAUGUGGAGUUACGAACAGCUAUCUGGCUAAGGAUUAUCACCUGGUGGCUCACAGUCAGCUCUCUAUGACUGACAGCCCUGGAGAUAUGCUAAGGAAGCAGGUGGAAUCGUGGCCUCACUGGCUGGAUAACGCCAAAGAUGUACUUAAAUAG